CAUCAUUCAUGUAAGCUGGUUUGCGAGUGGUACCAAAUCACCCAUGGUAAUUCUCAACGCUUCACAUCCGUCACAUUUCCAGCCUCUCAUUUAACUCUGCAUAGACAGACUUUGUGCUUCGAAGCAAGCUUUCCAGCUCUGUAACUCGGACAUCAGUCGUAUGCGGUCAUCACCAAUCAAGCCACUCUAAUAGGCCUUUGGGAACUGGUAGAGAAGAUAACCCCCUGGACUGAUGAUUAUGCCGAAUAAUCCUCGUUCAUAGCGUCUAGCUUCACGAGUAUGGAUUCAAAGGGCGCCAAAUCCAUACGAGGAAAACGUUCAGCUUCGCAUAUUGCAGCUUCUGCAUCGAGCAGACGAACCAGCACUGAAGCGGUCACAGGGUCACCAAAAGUUCUGACUUCCUUUCCGUCACUAUCUCCUGACUCUUCUGCGUCUCCAGUGCGACGCAAACGUUCGUCGCGUGAAGCAACAAGAUCUAACAACAGCCUUGUAGAUGGGACCAUCGUUGGCCACCUUGAUCGUCGUUCUUCAGCUUCACGCUCAUGUGGACCCUCAAGAAGGACAUCGUCGGAAGGCAGCAAUCCAGAGACGCCAGUUCAACCUCGAAAGCAAACCUCAUCGAUAGGUAAGACUUUACGAGGAGCAGCAAGUUUGCACAAAUCCAUCCUCGCUGGUCUCACAUUUCGCUCGAGCGCGCAGGAAGAUUCCCCCGGAGCUGUUUUCAAGGAUCCAGAUUGGAAUGCGGCAGACCCUCUCGAAAAUGCCUCAGAUGACCAAGUGCAACGGGUUAUUGAGAAUCAUGGGGGGCCUAUCUCAAUCCUGCGCCAGUACUCGAAGGAUUUAGCUGAGUGUAAUGCCCGCAUUGCGACAGAAAGGAAUAUGAAACUUGAUUUGAUGGACCAGAACAGGAGGCUUCGAGAUGAGAACGAACUCCUCAAGCUACAACUUGAAGAGCAGAAUCGCAAGUACAAAAAUGUGCAGAAUCUCUUUAAACGUUUUGUGCGCCCGGAGUACCCUGGUCAGAUCCAAAUCGUCGACAGUCCGAAUGGUCACUAUGUCUUGGAUAGCACAAAUGGAGAGAUGAUCGAGCCCCAAAAGCCUUCCACCCGGUCAUCAAAACCAGCAUCCAUCCGUACGGUGGGCUCGGGAACAUCAAGUAAUGUGGUUGAAAACUUGCUUAACAAGCCCCCAACUCAAGAUGCAAGUGUUUCAUUGAAAGCAAUUGCAGCGCGCAACAAGAGAGAAUCAAAAGACGGCCGCAAAGAAAGUAGAUCCAACCGGGGCAGCGUCUCACUGCGUCCCGACUCGCUCGAACUAAGAGCACCCAUCGAAGUAGAAACCUUGCCUCCUGCUCUAAGAGACGAUAAAGGGGCUUCCUAUGACAUCCCCAUCGAUCGCCUUGGGUUUUUCUUCACCGCCAGCAGGGAGACGCGGCAGCAAGAAGCUUUACCUUACCAACCUGGUGAGCUGUCUGAGAGCUCUUCGGUCAAUAGCUUUCCAGUCAGCGACGACGACAUAGAGGAAUCCUUGAAGACACCGAACUCUCAGGAUGACGCUUCCUCAUAUCUAGUAUCUACUGGCGCCUCUAAUUCGGGCGAACUUUUGUGCUAUGCUCCUUCUGGACCGGCAGUCAGAUUCAUUUCAAACCCAUCAGGGGGUGUAAGGAUGUUCAUCGACGUAUCAGGGCCUAAUACGCCAACGGCAGAGAUGACUAGGUCCACAAGCUCGGAGAUAUUGUCACAAUCAACCGCCACGAUUGUUCCAACAUCCGCUUCUGGAACUAUGGUUACGCCCACAAAAGCUUCAGAGAGCACAAGAGCUUUGAAUGCCUUGCUCGAGAAGCUGAACGAAGCACACGACAGACAGCAAAGAAUCAGAAUGAGUGAGUGGAUGGCGUUUCACACGCAGCUGCGUGCCAACAUACCGGCGGCGUUGGCGCGAGCCUCGAGCGACUACGGUAUGGCCGACAUUUCGCGACUUUGUAGCAAGGGCACUGUUUCGGCAGAAACUUGGAAGAAGUUCAACACCCUCAUCGUUUCCGGGAUUCCUAUCUCUCUUCGAAGAGAAGUGUGGAUGGAAAGAUCCGGAGCCAAUAGCCUACUCGAGCCUGGCAAGUUUCAAGCACUUCUGUCAGAAACGGAAUUGGCGCAGUCUAUUCGGAACGAGAUUGCUGCAGAUGUGGAGAGAACAUUGGGAAACAACGUAUACUUCCGCAACGGCAUUGGCAAGACGAAGCUCACGGACGUCCUCGUCGCGUACGCUCAGUACAAUCCGACAAUAGGGUACUCGCAAGGGUUGAACAUCAUUGCUGCGAAUUUGCUGCUAAUGCUGCCUUCGGCCGAGGACGCGUUCUGGCUGCUUGCAGCAAUUAUCGAAAACAUACUCCCACCCGAGUACUACGACCAGGACGGGAUGGUUUCGAGUCGAGCUCUUGACACGGAUGGUAAAGUGCUCAUCAGCUACGUCGUGGAUCUACUCGGCAACAAUCUGCAUAAGCACCUUCGGACGCACAUGGUUAAUCUGGACAUGUUCACGCCGGGUUGGUUUAUAUCGGCGUUUGCUGCGUGUCUUUCCGGUGAACCACUGUACCGCAUCUGGGAUAUACUGUUUGGCCUCUGCGACGGCCGGUACAUGUUCUGUUUUGCCCUGGCGCUAUUGAAGAUCAACAAGCGAGGCUUGCUUGCGUGCAAGGACAGCGAGGAAUUGAUGCUGUAUCUCGGAGGGAAGAUGACCAACGCGGCAGUAGGUCUCGAUGUAUUGAUAAGAGAGGGCGUAAGGAUGGGAGGCUACGUGACGAAGGAAGACCUAGAAAAGAGAAGGGAGGCGGUCAGGGCAAGUGCGAAUGGAUAAAUGGUCUCGCGGAUAAUUUUUGUGCUGUCUCGUCAGGUAAUCAGAUAAGAAACAUGAUCUUCUGCCUGCCAUCUUGCAUGUAUCAGUGUCGAGACCGCAGCUUGCUUCACGUCGUCAACAAUCUUCAUGUCUAGCUCUUAGUUUGAAACUCUCAGCUACUCUGCUCC